AUGAUGCUUUCAACGACGAGCAGCGCAAGUGGCGGGAUUUCUCUCCCUCGCGCGUCGACGAUAAAGCGUAAAACGCCUCUCAUCAUCACGCAAAGAAGCGGAAGAGUCGCGAAACGACGUCACCGUUCCUUCAACAACGCGUUGAAGACGACGGAAGACGAAGACGCUUUUCUGAAGAAGCAGACGACAAGAAAAGAUGACGACGGUGGUGAUGCUUUCUUCUUUUCGAGAGAAAAAGGAAUCGAGACGAAAGCGACGGCGAUGUGUUUGAGCGCGCUGAUGGUGAUGAUGUCGUUUCCGAAUGCCUCCUUUGACGCCGUGGAGGCGAUGGAAAUAUCUUCAAACAAAGAGACGACGACAAGAACAACAACACUAAGAACGACGACGAACAGAGAAAAAGGAACACAAGAUAAACUAUUCGACGAUUUCGUUUUGCCUCCUCCUUCUUUGUCUUCUUCUUUGUCUUCUUCGGAUGAUGACGCGGGAAGGACUACGAACGCGACGACGAGGAACGCGGGGACGAUGCUGUUAUCGAGCGAGGACGAAGAGGACGAAGAUUUGAACGCGCAGCUCGCCGAGGCCAUACGGAAAGGCGACGCGUCGAAGAUUGCGGACAUCGGCGUAAAGUUGAAAGAGAAGGAGGACAGAGAGAAACAAAAGUUAAUCGAGCCGAAUUACGUGACGAAAGUGCAAAAAGCGGCGCCGUUGAAAGACGAGGAGAAGUCGGUGGUGGAUUUGUUCACGAAAUCAAAGUCCGCGGUGGUUUUUAUAACCAAUGUCGCGGUACGGAGAGACGCGUUUACGUUGAGUUUGACCGAGCAGCCGCAAGGCGCCGGGUCCGGGAUCAUUUGGGACGACGAAGGGCACGUGGUGACUAAUUAUCACGUCAUUCGGAACGCGAACGAGUUGAAAGUGCAGUUUAGUUUACAAAACAAUCGCGGGCCAAAUAGCAAAGGGAAAAUAAACGACGUUUUGGACGCGUGCGACGCCGUGGUUGUCGGUUUCGACGACGAUAAAGAUAUCGCGGUUUUGAAAUUGAUGGACGAAAGUUGUUACACGAAUAAAGCGAGAGCGUUACCGAUCGGAUCCUCGAGUAGUUUACAGGUUGGUCAAAAAGUCUUCGCGAUUGGAAAUCCGUUCGGUUUAGACCACACGUUGACGACUGGCGUCGUGUCCGGGUUAUCGAGACAGAUUCAAAGCGGGAACACGGGAAGACCGAUCGAUGGAAUCAUUCAAACCGAUGCGGCUAUUAACCCAGGGAAUAGUGGUGGUCCUCUGUUAAACUCUUCCGGACAACUCAUCGGAUUAAACACCGCCAUUUAUAGCGCUUCCGGUACCUCCUCCGGCGUCGGUUUCGCGUUACCCGUGGACAUGGUCACCGGCAUCGUCGACCAAAUCAUCCGUUUUGGCAGAGUCACUCGGCCAAUCAUCGGCGUGUCCUUUGCCCCGGAUGAAAUCGCCGAACAGUUAGGUUUAGGAGGCGUGUUAGUGCUGGACGCAAGAGAGGGCGGCCCGGCCGAAAGAGCCGGCAUCCGAAGCACGAAACGCGACGACUCUGGUCGUUUACUCCUCGGCGACGUCAUCGUUGGCAUCGACGACGAGAAAAUCGAAGACUCCUACGACCUCUACAGAGCCUUAGACACCCACGUCGUCGGCGAUUCGGUUAAAGUCUCCGUCUUUCGCGACACCGACCGAAAAGUCCUCGAUUUUCUCGUCAAGUUGGACGACAUCAAAGACAUGAAACCGCCGUCGACGAACCGAAAAAUCAUCCGCCCGAACGGUCGCUCGCCGUCCUCCUCCUCCCCGUCGCCCGGUGACGACAGUAGCAAUAGUAGUAGUAGUAAAGGGUUAAGAGGUCGGUUCGAGCCUUUGACGCCGCCGACGACGCGCUAA